GGAACUUUAUGUUUUGCAUAUGCGUCAGAUCGAAACUGCUUCAACAAACACAUUAAGGACUGCGCACAUGCGACAACAGAGCCUGAUCAUGAAGGACAACCAUCAGGGAACCGGUAAGGAAGAGGAAGAGGAAGAAGAAGAGGAGGAGGAGGAGAAGCAGGGUGAUGUUGGGAAUGAGGAGAUGGAGAGGCAGGUGGCGGCGAAAGGAAGGCCAAAGUGGGCUAGGAAGACGGAUUAUAUGUUGUCAGUAAUAGGCUACUGUGUUUCUCUGGCCAACAUCUGGAGAUUUCCCUACAUCUGCAGCAGGAAUGGCGGAGGAGCCUUUCUCAUCCCCUUCGUUAUUUUUCUGGUUCUGUGCGGCCUUCCUCUCUUCUUCUUGGAGGUGUCUCUUGGUCAAUUUUCUGGGAAGAGUGCCCUACACAUCUGGGCACUGUGUCCUCUAAUGAAAGGUCUUGGAAUUGGAAUGGUUCUUCUCUCUGGCGUAACCUGCGCAUACUUUACUACCGUCCUUGCCUGGUCCAUCUACUACUUGGUGCGGUCCUGUUCACCCGCCCUUCCUUGGUCAACAUGUGGGAACUGGUGGAAUACUGAUAUGUGUGUAACCAGCAUCAGUGCUCUGCAAAACCAAACUGUUUCCCCCCUUCCCAACAGAACGUGUCUAGAUGACAAGGCCAAUGUCACUGAAGCAGGCGUUGCGACGUUGUGUUCCUACAUUAAUAACGAAAAUAUUGAUGUCAGUGACGCUACACUAUGGUCCAAUACGACACUCUCUCACACAGCAUCUGAAGAAUUUUGGCAAUACAACACCCUGGGUAUUUCCGGUGGGCUGGCGGAAGUCGGGUACAUCCAGUGGCACCUGGCUCUGUGUCUUCUUGCGGCCUGGACGAUCAUCUUCCUGUCAGUAAUCAAAGGGAUUCAUUCAGUUGGAAAGGUGGUGUACGUGACGGCGACGAUACCAUACAUACUGCUGGUCAUCCUCCUGGUGCAAGGUCUCCUGCUCCCUGGGGGCAAGGAGGGCGUUCUCGUCUACCUAACCCCGGACUUCUCGCGGCUCACAGAUAUACAGGUGUGGCUGGAGGCGUGUCUACAAGUGUUUUAUUCCCUUGGUCCUGCUUGGGGCGGCCUCAUCACCAUGGCCAGCUACAAUGAUUUCCACAACAACUGCCUCAGAGACGCAAUAAUUGCGACAUUCGUCAGCGAAGGAACCAGCAUGUUUGGCGGUCUCGUGGUCUUCUCCAUCCUGGGGUUUAUGUCCAAAAAGACAGGAAUUCCUGUGUUAGAGGUCGUCUCCUCAGGACCCGGAUUAGGCUACGUCACUUACCCAGAAGCCCUCACUCAUCUUCCGAUCCCCAGGCUGUGGAGCUUCCUGUUCUUCGCCAUGCUCGUCUUUGUUGCCAUUGACACUAUAUUCUCGAUGGUAGAGACGUGUAUCUCCGCUGUGGUGGACCAUUUCCCCUCCUUAAUGAGGCGCCGCCUUGCUGUCACAGUCGCCUACUGUUGUCUGUCAUACUUCACCGGGCUCGUCUUUACAACACAGGGAGGAAUGUACAUGUUUCAACUGGUAGACUGGUACCUUUCCUUCAUCUUCCUGUUGAAGGCGGCGUUUCUUGAGUGCGUGGUCAUUGCCUGGGUCUACGGCAUACGAGAGUUUUGUGCAGACAUCAAGAUGAUGAUAGGACGGGAGCCGCCAUUUUUUUUCAAGCUCACCUGGUGUUUCAUCACUCCCGCCCUACUUCUGACCGCCUUCAUAUUCAUCCUCACGACGUACAAGCCACCGACCUAUGGGAAGUACAAGUACCCGGAAUACGCCACUACCAUUGGUUGGUUCCUGACAGCCAUUCCCGUCAUCCCCUUCGUUGUCAUGGCAAUAAAGGCAUUGAGCGAGGCUAAGGGAACGUUUUUACAGCGCUUACGUGCGUCCCUAACCCCCGAGGCCGCCUGGUGUCCCUCGGAGAGAACCCAAAGAGAGUUGUUCUUGGCGAAGAGGCUGGUGGAAAAAGAAGGACGGGGACAAGCAUCCGAAGAAGGCGAGACCAGUGUAUGAAUUAUUCGUCGCCAC